AUGCCUCGGAUUAACAUCAAAGGGGGUGUUUGGAGGAACACUGAGGAUGAAAUUCUCAAAGCUGCUGUUAUGAAAUAUGGCAAGAAUCAGUGGGCACGGAUAGCUUCUUUGCUACACCGCAAAGCCGCUAAGCAGUGUAAAGCUAGGUGGUACGAAUGGCUUGAUCCCAGUGUCAAGAAAACAGAGUGGAGCCGUGAAGAAGAUGAAAAGUUACUACACCUUGCAAAGCUUAUGCCAACUCAAUGGCGAACAAUUGCUCCGAUAGUUGGAAGGACUGCAAACCAAUGUUUGGAACGCUAUGAAUAUCUUUUGGACAAAGCACAAAACAGAGAAGGGUUAUCUGCAGAGGAGGAUCCUAAACGCCUCCGUCCAGGCGAAAUUGAUCCAAAUCCGGAGACUAAACCUGCCCGUCCAGAUCCUGUUGAUAUGGAUGAAGAUGAAUUAGAAAUGCUUUCAGAAGCCAGAGCACGGCUAGCCAAUACACAGGGUAAAAAAGCAAAGCGUAAAGCUAGAGAGCGUCAGCUCGAGAUUGCACGAAGAAUGGCUAUGAUGCAAAAACGUCGGGAACUUCGAGCAGCUGGUCUAGGAACAUUCUUAGGGUUAGCACCGAAAACGAAGCCAUGCAUGGAUUAUAAUUCCGAAAUUCCAUUUGAGAAGCAACCUCCUAAAGGGUUUUAUGAUACUAGUAGGGAAAAACCAGAAAUCAAACCUAUGGACUUUCAACGUUUAAGACUUUCAGAUAUCGAAAAAGAAAGUUUCAUGGAAAGGGAGAAGCGUGAGCGUAAAAAGGAUGCUGAACGUCAGGCUAAACGUAUGCAAUCUGAUUUACCUGGAGUUAUUUUGCAACGUGGGAAUUCUUUGGAUGAGCCACUGUUGAAACGAUCUAAACUUGUACUUCCUGCUCCUCAAGUAUCUGACCUGGAAUUGGAAAAUUUAAUCAAAGUCGGUCAAGCCGGUGAAAAUGCUGUAAGAAUGGCUAUUGAAGAUGCUGAUGGUGAAUUGGGCUCUGCAACACAUCCUCUUUUACCGGAAUAUCCUACCGGUAGUUUUGCAACACCUGCGUUAAAUCUUCAACGCACUCCAAUGGCUGUGAUAGAUUCUGUGACUAGAGAAGCACAAAAUAUUUUAGCUUUGCAACAAGUUCAAACUCCUCUUAAAGGUGGUGAAAAUACUCCAUUAGUUGGUGAAUCUGAUUUUUCUGGUACAACGCCUCGUUUACCAAAUACUCUAGCAACUCCGAAUGUUUUACUUCCUAGUCAAAUAAUUGGUGCUACUCCAUUUCGUACACCGAACAGCAACAUUGAAAAUGGCACUCCAAAUCUUCUCAUGGGUGGUGAUGCUAAUAAUACACCUGGUCCAUUAAGAAAAGGUGAACAACAUUAUGGUCCCCCGGUGUCAAAUACACCACUAAGAAAUCGUUUGAAUAUAAAUCCAAUCGAUGGAAAUAAUUUAGAUGGUCUUAAUAAUAUUAGUAACAAUAAUCAUUCCGAAGGUAUGGUAGACUAUUAUGACCAAAAUGGUGUAAAAGCAAAUCUACGCAAAAGUUUAGCUAAUCUACCAACACCGAAGAAUAAUUUCGAAAUAUUUCUCCCUGAUGAAACUAAACCUAACGGUGAUGAUGCUGAUGAUAAUGACGUUGAAGGUGUUAACGUAGAUAUGGAUCAAUUGGAAGAGGAGAGGGGAACUGCUUCAAGAAUUCCAGAUCAGUCAGAUUUAGAUAGACAAUCUGAAAGAGAACGUGCUAAAGCCGCUGAAUUGGAAUGGUCUAAACGAAGUCAAGUUGUUAGACGAUCUUUACCUAGACCAUCAGCUGUGAACCAUACGAUUUUGCGUAAUAUUCCAGGUUCAGUUAACCAACUAUCUCAACAAGAUGCGAAUAUGACAGAUUUACAAAAGGCUGAAGAGUUGAUUAAACAAGAAAUGGUAACAAUGAUGCAUUACGAUAAUUUAAACAACCCACCACCAAAUCAAUUGUUGGAUGCAGCUAAGCAAACUACUGGUCCAAGUGGUGGCAGUGGUGUUGCUCCAGCUAGUCAACAGCGACGUUAUUUACAACAGAUAAAAGCUACACAUGAAAGUUUUUUGAAAGAUUGUCCAUAUGAACAGUUUGUUCCGGAUGAUUUGAAAAUGGCGGAAAAUUUAUUGGAAGAGGAGAUGCAUGUCGUUCGAAAUGGUAUGGGACAUGGUGAAUUAUCAGCUGAAGCAUAUGCUAAAGUUUGGCAUGAGUGUUUAAGCCAAGUUUUAUAUUUGCCAGCACAUAGGCGUUAUACACGAGCUAACUUAGUAACAAAACGUGAUCGGAUUGAAUCACACGAGAAACGAUUGGAUCAGCUUCGUCAUCUUAUGGCUGAAGAAGCUAAACGAGCAGCAAAACUGGAGAAGAAACUCAGGAUAUUGUUAGGUGGAUAUCAGUCACGUGCACAAACCUUAAUGAAAGCCAUUGAAGAAAGUGUCGAUCAAAUUGAACAAAGUCAAAUGGAAUUAACCACAUAUGAACGACUUCACGAGCAAGAGUUAUGCGCUAUCGCUAGACGUUCUGAUGUUUUAGAAGCUGAUGUUGAACGUCAACAAAAACGAAAUGCUGAUCUUCAACGAGAGUAUGGUAGAUUAAUUCGUAUUCGUGAAGAACGUGAAGCAGACGCUUUCUUAGCUAGUAAUAUGGAUUUGAUUAGUAAUGGUGGUGGUGGUGGUGGUGGUGGUAAAGAUGAUGGUGACACAUCAAUAUCGGUCACCGCUAGUGGUGAUGUUACAUCUGUUUCAAUGGAUAUACAUAAUCAAUCUAAUACUGAAUCAUCACAAGGACAAAAACAAACAAUGAUAUAUGGAAAUAAGAAUAUAGUAUCAGGCAAGUGGAUUGCUGUGACACAGAUUGAAAAUAUAGAAGAUCCUGAUCAAUCGAUGUUAUCCAAUGGAGAGAUUCCUACACAGUCUCUUCAUGAUUCCAAUCAUUUCGAACAUGAUAAUAAUGAUAAUCAUCUUCACUAUACUACCGAUGAAAAUGUUAUUGUGUCUCCUUCAAAUAACAAUGAGAAAACAUCGCCUAAUGAUACAGAAUCAUUGAAUAAUAUCAUGAUAGAAUCAACAGUAAAGCAACAAACUAUUAGUUCACAUUAA